GUCAGUUUUUCAAAGUUAGGCAAAUAGGCCCUAAGGUUGCUGGACCACAGCGCUGCUGCACAAGACGCGUGCCGCUUUUUCUAGAGUCGGCUGCGCGUGCUGUUUCGGGUCAAUUCGAUCUAGUUAUCGCCGAUUUUAUAGUUUUCUCUUGUGUACGAUGAUUUAUCAAUCAAUUUAUUUAUAAAUGAAAUUUGAGGUGUCGAACUUUUAACGGGGCUUAGGCGGGUAGCGUGCAUCAUAAUCAACAAUUUGCUUCGUACUGGGGUUCAUAUUUACUAUUGACCUUUGGAAGACAGAUCUGCACGGGAGAUAUGGAGAGGAGAGGAGGGGGGAGGAAUGAUUUCUUCGGAUUUGGGGAUCCUUUUACUGGGUUUGGUGGCGGGAGGGAUGAUUUAUUUGGGUUUGGGGAUCCAUUUGCUGGAUUUGGGGGUUUUGGGAGACCUGGUACUGGUAGCCUCGUAUCUAGCUUCUUUGGUGGGAGGAAUCCUUUUGAUGACCCCUUCUUUACUCGGCCCUUUGGGUACCUGAUGGGCCCGAGCAUGUUUGACCCGAGGCCGGGCAUCCUCGGAGACACGGGCAAUACCGGAUUCAUUGAGCAAGCUCCGCCUCCAAGUAAACCCAGGGGUCCGGUCAUCAAGGAGCUGAACUCUGAUGAUGAAGAAGAAGAUGAGGAAGAGAAGAUUCACAAGGACAAGAAAGAUAACCCCCGAAAGCAUUCGCGGUCGAGUGAGGAGCCUGAUGUCCAGCACCCUGUUGAAGAAACGGAAGAGAAAAGGAGCCGACUUAUGGAGUAUAAGAACGGGUUUCAGAGAGCUAGUACCUCGCGAUCAAAAGCUCAUGCUUAUACUUUCCAGAGCUCAACUGUGACUUAUGGUGGUCGUAAUGCUUCUUAUUAUACUUCAUCCACGACAAGAAGAACUGGUGGUGAUGGAGUUACUGUCGAAGAAAGUAAGGAGGCAGAUACCACAACUGGCAGGGCCACCCAUAGAAUAUCUCGAGGAAUUCGUGACAAGGGGCAUUCAGUGACAAGGAAACUGAACUCUGAUGGAAGAGUUGACACUAUGCAGACAUUGCACAACCUGAAUGAAGAUGAGCUUGCUGGGUUUGAGGAAGCUUGGAAGGGAAAAGCAAGGCAGCACUUACCUGGUUGGAACCCCAGUUCUACUAGAGAUGCAAGCAGCAGCAACAGCAGCAGCAGGGGAUGGGCACUUCCAGGAACUGAGCGAGCCCAUGACUCGGCUCACAUGAAGUCACGGCCUCCAGCUGAUUCUUUCAAGCGACGAGCCUGAUGAAUAAAGAUAGGCUCAACUUACUAAUGACACCUUUGUGAUGUGUCAUUCUUUCCGAUCACGCCACUUUACAGAAGUACAUAGUUGUCCUUUUGGGAUCUUGUGUAGUCACUUCGCGUAGCUCAAAGGGUUUUAAACUUCGGAGCUUUCUUUACUGUCGCAUCCUUCUAAAUAUACUCAAGAAGUUGAAGCCCGGUGGCCCUUGUGGCAGAACUGUUUCCGGACGGCUAUGACUCUAGUAUGAGUAUGAUGUGUGCUAUUGAUAAUAAUCACUCCUGAUAAUUCGUCAUAUAGCUGAUCACUUGUUUCUUGAAAAGAUUGUUAGCUUUGUUUUGUUGAAGACUUCGUUUUUUUCAGUAUUAACAGCCGGGUAGUCAUUUUUGUAUUUCGAGCAAAGUGCUUGGAUGCCUCGCAAUUCACAAUUUUCA